UUCUCCAGUCUUAGAACCUAAAGAAGAUAAAGUAUCAUCUCCAACACAAGGAAAUAGCUCUGUGAAUGAAUACAUUAAAAUGAUUAAGCUAUAUGCUAUUAGCAUUGGCAAGGAUUUAGAUGAUAUAGACGUUAAAGAAAAAUUCCUCAUUGAAUUAUCACCUGAUAAUGAAAAGCGUGUAGAAGAGUUUGGGAUUAAAAAACCUUUGUCUGAAAUUUUCGAUUUCUUAGUUAAGUUUUGCGAUUCAGCAAU